GCUUACCGAAGGAUGCCAUUUGGGUUAUGCAAUGCACCGGCAACAUUACAAAGAUGCAUGAUGUCAAUCUUUGAAGACAUGGUGGAACGGUUUAUAGAAGUCUUCAUGGAUGACUUCUCAGUUUUUGGCUCAUCAUUUGAUAACUGUCUAACAAAUCUAUCUCUUGUUUUGCAGCGAUGUAAGGAAACAAACUUGGUGCUGAAUUGGGAGAAAUGUCACUUCAUGGUGCAAGAGGGAAUAGUGCUGGGGUUUUACAGAUGCUUCAUCAAGGAUUUUUCUAAAAUCUCCAAACCCCUUUGCAAUUUAUUGAAUAAAGAUGUUGCUUUUGACUUUAAUGAUGACUGCAUGCAUGCUUUCUUAACUCUGAAAAAUUUAUUAGUAUCAGCACCUAUUAUUGCAGUUCCCGAUUGGGGACUGCCCUUCGAAUUAAUGUGUGAUGCUAGUGACUUUGCUUUAGGGGUAGUAUUAGGAAAGAGAAAAAAUAAAGUGUUGCAUGUAAUUCAGUAUGCUAGCAAGACACUCGUUGAUGCACAAUUGAAUUACACCACCACUGAAAAAGAGUUAUUGGCUGUGGUUUUUGCUUUUGACAAAUUUUGUUCUUACUUGUUACGUGCAAAGGUGAUUGUAUACACGGACCAUUCAGCACUCAAACACCUACUGGCAAAGCAAGAAGCAAAACCUCGGUUGAUAAGAUGGAUUUUACUACUUCAAGAGUUUGAGUUGGAAAUUCGAGACAAGAAGGGGUCGAAAAAUGUGGUAGCUGAUCACUUGUCGAGAAUAGAGAAACCAAUCAAGGGAAAUGAGGAGGAAAUGCCAAUUAAAGAAACAUUUACGGAUGAGAAGCUGAUGAGAGUGGAAGAAGCACCAUGGUAUGCGGAUUUUGCAAAUUAUUUGUCAUCAAGGGUGCUCCCAAGUGGUAUGACGUACCAACAGAAGAGAAAAUUUUUCUCAGAUUUAUUUGAUGUGUGGGGGAUUGAUUUCAUGGGUCCCUUUCCAAGUUCUUUUGGGAACACGUAUAUCCUAGUAGCGGUGGAUUAUGUGUCGAAGUGGGUCGAGGCAGUUGCAUUGCCAACUAAUGAUGCUAGGGUGGUGAUUAAUUUUGUGAGGAAGAAUAUUUUCUCAAGGUUUGGGGUACCACGAGCAAUCAUUAGUGAUGGAGGGUCUCAUUUUUGCAAUAAGCAAAUGGAUGCACUGCUGAGCAAGUAUGGAGUGACACAUAGAGUUGCAACACCCUACCAUCCACAGACGAGCGGGCAAGUAGAACUGUCGAAUAGAGAACUAAAGGGGAUUUUGGAAAAAACAGUUAAUGCCUCGAGGAAGGAUUGGUCACGGAAGUUAGACGAUGCUUUAUGGGCUUAUCAAACUGCCUUCAAAACCCCGAUUGGUAUGUCUCCAUUCAGAUUGGUUUAUGGGAAGGCGCGCCACUUGCCGGUAGAACUUGAACAUAAGGCAUACUGGGCCGUCAAGCAGUUGAACAUGGACUUGAAAGCCGCGGGAGAGAAGAGAAUGCUAACUUUGAACGAACUUGAUGAGUUUCGUCUCGAAGCAUAUGAAAAUGCCCGGAAUUAUAAAGAGAAGACAAAAAGGUGGCACGACAAGCACAUCCGAGUCAAGGCUUUUGAAGUUGGACAGAAGGCUCUUGAUUGGAGUAGAGAGAGGCAGUGGGAUAUGUUUCUGCGAGCUCCUGAUCAGUUGACUGUUGAGCCGCUGGUAAGGGAGUUUUAUGCCAAUCUCCCAGAGUGUAAGGAACAGACGGUUUUUGUAAAAGGGGAGUUCAAGAGAUCAGGGUUUGAUGACGAUAUAAUCCUUCCAGUGAUUGCAAAACCGGGAGCAGGGUGGGCAGUGUCCAAGAAACAAAAGAAGACUCUUAAGGGCACACAGUUGACACCGAUGGCUCGGCUGUGGCAAUACUAUAUCUGUGCAAGACUCAUGCCGGAAUCGCACUACAGUACCGUGACUCGCGAGAAGGCAUUGCUUCUAUAUUCAAUUGCCACAAGGAAGAAUAUUGAUGUGGGGGACGUAAUUUAUAACAGCAUUAAGCUUGCAGCAAACCCGGGGCGCGAAAGUUACUGUUUCCCGCAUCUCAUCACAGCCUUAUUCCUAAAAGCUGGAAUCGAGGUUCAGGAUGACGAGCAGCGUAUUCAUGCUGUUCCAACUUUAGAUUCAGAUUAUUACAAGAAACACCUAGACCGAACGGAAGCUGCCCAACCAAGAGCAGGGGCGAAAAGGCAGAGAACGAGCCUGGACACAUCAUCCGGCUCCACGGGUACACAAAAAGAGAUGAUGCAGGAAAUGAUGGGCCUGAUGAAAUACAUGAAGAGACGCCAGGAUUGGAUGAUGGAGCGGACUGAGAGGAUGCAUGAAUUGCUGACAAACAGCUUCAAGGAGCUGAAUGUUGACACUUCAGCAUACCAAUGGGUUGACUGGAACUCGGAUGAGUGGUUGGACUCCGAGAAGGACGAGGAAGAUGAGGGCUCCGAAGAAGAAGCAGAUGAAGAAGCAGACUGA